AUGGCAAGGUACGAUUACCAACCACGAUAUGGCCUGGAGAACUACACACUGGUUCUACCUCUAGAAGACACUUUCGAUGCUGUGAAGUCUACGGAAUGGAUGCAGGAAAGCUGGAUUCAUUCCAUUACUUUCUCCGUUGCCUAUGUUGCACUAAUUUACGCCGGUCAAAAGGUUAUGGAGAGUCGUAAACCAUUCGGGCUGGAUAUGCCGCUCUUUGUUUGGAAUAUGGGUUUAGCAAUAUUUUCAUUUCUCGGAUUUAUGCGGAUGACACCAGAAUGGGUAUGGAGUUGGAAAGAGAAUUCUUUUGUGUAUUCGGUAUGUACUGCGUCUUUUGCUCAAGGCGUUACUGGUUUUUGGACGGAGCAGUUUGCUAUGAGUAAAGUUGCGGAACUCAUAGACACAGCCUUUAUUGUACUUCGGAAGCGUCCGCUUCUUUUUCUGCACUGGUACCACCAUGUAACUGUGCUUGUCUAUACAUGGCAUGCAUAUAAGGACCACACAGCUUCAGGAAGGUGGUUCAUUUGGAUGAACUAUGGUGUACAUGCUAUGAUGUACACUUAUUAUGCUCUUCGAGCACUGAGGAUUCGCCUUCCAAAGCAGAUUGCUAUGGUUGUAACAGUACUACAGAUAUCUCAAAUGAUCAUGGGUAUAUGGAUAGGUGUCACGGUCUACAGAACGAAGUCGUCCGGCGAACAAUGCCAGCAGACGUGGGAGAAUCUCGGAUUGUGCUUUACGAUUUAUUUCACGUAUUUUCUGCUCUUCUGCAAUUUCUUCUACCAUGCUUAUUUGAAGAAAAACAACCGAUACACAUCCGCAAUUAAAACUACAGCAAAGCAAACGCAGACAACAGCAGAACUACAACAACUCAAAGAAGAUAUCAAUGCGAACAUCAGUGAAACAACGGUUGUGACCAGGAGCACAACGAGACGAAGAGCACAGAAGGUGGAUUAA